UUCAGACACAAAUUGCUCUCCCAUCUGUUCAGAGGAUGAAGUGUUUUGCCAUUUUUAUCCUUUGGUGGCCGACGUUUAUUGCAUUCCAAGUGGGAUGUGUUGAAAAUAAUUCAACUGGCUUAAUAAACCAAAGUCAGAUUGUAGCAUGUAAUAACAGUCUACAUCAAAAUGGCACAAAAAUGACACAGUGCUAUAUCCUAAAUACAUCGCCUACAACAUCUUCGUCAACAACGACACCUCUGACGACGACAGAUGCAGCACUUCAAACCACAUCAGGAACAGCACAUGUCCAAAAGGUUAUGGAAGCCGUUUCCUCAGUCUUUAAGAAUGGAAGUUAUGAUGCUAAAGACAUUUUUAGACAUUUAGAGAUUCUAGAACAAAACCUAGGAGACACUGAUGUGAAUGAAACUACAUACCUAUCAAGUGACAGUGUCAACGUCCUUCUAUAUAAAAACACAGAUGACUUCAAAGGUCUUGAAAUUCAAGCAAAUAACACAGAGGCCAAGGUGAAUGCCUCUGUGUCGAACAUUAAAGUGAAGAUUCGCAUACCGAGAGAGUUCAACCUUCAGAAGAAUGAUAAAGUUGUUUUCUCCAUGAUUAAAAUGGCAAAUAAUACUUUCAAAACAGCUCAUUCACUGUAUGAUCAUCUGCUGGUUGGCCUGAGUGUGGCAGGCAAGAAUUUUUCAGGCCUUCAAGAUCGAGUCAACAUCAGCAUACAUCGCACAACAAGUCUGAUGAAAUCCCAAGCACCCAAAUGUGUGUUCCUGAAUACUACCAACAAUUUAACAGACUUCAGCACAUAUGGCUGUGAGACAUUCUGGGUUAACCAACCUUAUAUCACUUGUUCCUGUGACCAUCUCACAUACUUUGCUGUACUCAUGGUGUCUGCAGACGUCUCACCCAAAGACACUGAGAUCUUGUCCUACAUCACCUACAUCGGCUGUGGUAUAUCUCUGUUUGCUCUGGUCGUCACUGUUGGUCUCUUCAUCACAACCAAAAAGCUCAGAGCAGAUGAUUCCAAGAAGAUCCACAUCAGCCUGGCAGCGGCUCUGAUCCUCCUUAACAUUCACUUUCUGUUCAGCGAGGCGGCGGCAGCGUCGUCCUCCACUGAGCUUUGUGUCUAUGUGGCUCUUCUUCUUCACUACUCCCUGCUGGCCUCUUUCACCUGGAUGGCUUUGGAGGGCUUCCACCUCUACCUUGUCUUGGUCAAAGUCUUCAACAUCUAUGUGAGUCGAUACCUGCUGAAGCUCAGUGUGGUGGGAUGGGGUCUUCCAGCGGUCAUCGUGACAAUAAUGGUGAUCACACGCAAAGACGCCUACGGUCGAGCACCCCUGAACGUCUCUAACCCUAAUGAAACUGCAAUAUGCUACAUAACAAAUGACACAGCAAAGAUGGUGACCACACUGGGACUGUUCAGUGCAGUGUUCCUCUUUAAUAUGAUCAUGUUUGGAGUGACAAUCAAAUGGUACAUGGGUGGAAACUUAAACAAACAGCAUGGACAGAGGCGGCAUCAUGAAGCCAAGCAGGAAAUGUGCACCCUGCUGACACUCAUGGUCCUGCUGGGACUGACCUGGUGCCUGAUCUUCUUUUCGUUUGGUCACCUCGACACUGCCGGCCUCUACAGUUUCUGCAUACUGAACUCUUUGCAAGGUUUCUUUGUCUCCAUUUACUUUGUGUUGUCAUGGAAAAAGUCCAAGGAAGUUGAACUGGGAACUGGGAAGUCGAGUUCUGAAACAAAAAGCUCCAGUAGCUGAAUUUAAACUGGGUGGAGGAUAUACACAUCCCUGCCAAUUUACAUCUUAGUUUGUUUUUUGUUGUUGUUGUUGUUUGUUUGUUUGUAACAAAUAUUUAUAUGUAUUUAAGAAAACAGGUGUUAUUGAUAGCUCUUUCUGAUUUUAUUCAAUGUAAAAUUCUGUACUACUGUAGUAAGAAUUUUCCAAGCUUUUGGUUUAAAUACUUGUGUUUUUUCUGACCUAUGGGAGUCUUUUAUAUCUUUUAUAUCCCAUCAUUUCAGCGGCUCUGGUCAACGUUCCCUCAGAGUUAUUCUUCACAUAACACUAUGAUGUCCUUCUAUGUCUUUGUCUUAAUUUUUCCAGAAGUUCAAAAUUUUCAGAAAAUAAAAUAUAAAGUGUCACAGUAUAGAUAGAUUUGUAUGUAUGGCAAUAAUCAGCUAAGACACUUACAACCUGAGAUGAACUGAAGCAGAUGUUAACUGGCUUGAAAGAGACUUGACACUGGAGACGUGGUUAAAGAACCCAUUAGAAAUUUGUUCUGUCUUUAAUUCUGGAAGAUCAACACAUCCAUAUGUACAUCAUAAUUUUUUUAUAACCUUGAGGGUUUUACACAAACCAGCAAGAGAGACGUUGAGUAAAUUUAAAAAAAAUGUUAAUUUAUUACAAAAAAAUCAAAACGUAAAUUCAAAAUGAUAAAUUGGGCUCAAAACUGAGGUCAACAUAACAAACUACAACUCAGGUAGUAACACAAAGAACUCAAACAAAACUGACCUGGCUAACAAGACAUAAAGGGAACUUAAAUAGUGGCUGAUCAAACCACUACUAAACACAAAGGGGAUAAUUAAACACACAAAAACAUAAACAAAUACUGGGAAAUGCAUUAUUAAAUCUUUGAAUUAAAUAAAUAUUAGAACUGAACUAACUUGCAAAAAAAAAAAAAAGCAUUAAAGAAAUGAUGAAACCAAACUAAAAGACUAAAUUUUCCCUUCCCCUGGCGAGCAGAUGGAAUGACCCACUGGGGAAGUUGACAGCCAUAUAUGGGCAUCAGCUGGAGAUCAUCUUCAUAAUUCCAUCCGCAGCUCCAGAGGAAACUGGUAACUCAAAAGAAAUUUAGUGCAUUAAACAAAAACUGCAAAUAACUAACAAAUAAAAUUAACUAAAUGGGUGCACUUCAAAUAGUCAACUAAAUUGGUCAGAUUAAUGAAAACAAAUUUAAAGAUAAAAAUCUACACAAUAUACAUGUGCAUGAACACAUCAUUCAAAAAACUGGCUAAAGAAAUCUGCUCCACUCAGACUAGUUUAAUUUAUAAAACAGGUCAAGUAGCUUUUCAUCAUUUUAAGCUCAGCUGAUGGGAAAAUCAAUCACAGUCUGAGGAUUUUUCAUAUCAAUACAGACAAUCCUGUUAAUUCAGUAAUUUAAUAUGACCACUUGCAAGUGAUGAUUGUCUGGUUCAGCUGCCCUAAAUGUCAUUCUAAAACUAUCAGCCUUUCAAAUUGUGUCUUUUGUUCUUUCUUUUUAUUUCACCCUUCUUUUUCUUUAUCAGACUAAGCAUGCCUGUUCGCUUUUGCUUAUUUGACGUUGUGAAUAAAGUUUGAUCUGUUUCUACGGUUUCAUUCAUUUGAAGAUGGUCAGCUAAGGUUUCGUGACUCCAUGGAAUUCAAAGGCAAAUGGUUAU